UGCCAUACUUCACAUGUUUGAUACUCGACAAGGUUGCUCCUUGGGAAGCAAGAUGGCAUUGCGAAUCGCAAGAUCUUUGCUGAUUCGUUCCUUUUACUCAUGACGUGUUUUCCUCUUUGGGGCUCUCCGAUUCACCGGCUCGCUUGUGUCGAUCCUGUCAUGACCUGCUCACCAGCGUCAAACCAAUGACCACUUGCAGCCAUUGUGGCUUCUCGGUCGGUCCGUCCGAGUCCGACCUCGAUGAGACUGGCCGUCAGACCGAGCCGGCCUGUGGCCACGCCGUGCCGUGCCACCGAGCAAACUGCGAGUUUGCUGGAUGUCAAGGCAAUAGAGGAGCUGUUCGAACGCCUUCCAGAGCACCUGCGCGAGCAAGCUGCUGAAGAUCUCAGGAGGCGUUUGAGCCCAGAAGUUACAGCAUAGAUGCAAUGCUGGGAUACCGAUGAUGGAGCAUUGGAGCCAGAAGAGCCUGACAGUGAUGAUGAAGAAGAACAGAUGCAUGAUCCAAGAAGAAAGAAGGCUCGGCGUGCACCACCCGUGCCAGAUGAUGGGUAUCCCAAGCACCUGUGGAACAAUCAGUUUCAACCAGGAUGUGUAGGGUUCAAUGCGCACGCUCGCGAGGUGCUGAAGUCAAUGUCAUGGGACUCACCCACCCAAGGGAGAGUCGAGUUGUUGCCGCAGCAGAAGGUCGUGGCUUCGUUGGUGCACCCUGCUUCGCCGGUGAGCCGCUUGCUAUGUGACCACAACACAGGUUCAGGUAAGACCCUAUGCAUGGUGCGAAUCGUGGACAACUUUUACUUCGAUGGCCGUCCUAAGGUCCUGGUCUUUCCGAAGGAGACAGUUGCCAACAACUUCCUCGAGUCGCUCUUCCAGUGGCCGUCUAGAUGGCGCGACUUUGUGUGCCACCAAAACCCGGCAGCAGCAAGGCUAGCUUCUGACAAGGAGGACUGGUGGCAGGUGCGGCAUGACCGAUGGCACUUGGAUAGAUCCGAGGCUUUGCAGCGCCGUGCCAGCUCUGAGGGCCUGGGCCUGCAGCAGGCCAUCAAGGAGUUUUGUGUGAACCCCAUGCGGGCAACCUUGGAGAUGAAGCGAGCUUUCAUCCGUGGCAAGGCUUCCACCGCUUGGGUUGACAACUACUGGUCGGCACCGAACCCACGUGAGAUCCAUCCUCCAGCCGCACCUUUGCGAGCAUACCGGUUCACUUCAGCUGGGGGCCGAGCUGCGGAACUCGUGGAUGGUGUGCCAAGAGGAUGCGUUUUCAAGGUGGGCUUUGAUACGGCGACCAAGAAUCCGUAUAGUGGCAAAGUUGUGGUCAUGGACGAGGGGCAUAACCUGACACGCCCGAACCGGUUGUUUCAAGGUCAGCUAGACAACCUUCGUCAGUACAUGGAAGGUGCGACCAACACCGUCUUUGUGAGCUGCACUGGGUCAAUGGAGGCGGACUCGUCGUCUGACCCACGGAAACUGCUGGAUGCCGUGAAGGGCGAGCAGAACCGAGGCCUUACUGAUGAAGGGUUUUUGUCCUCUCACCACAAGCGGGGUGCAAGUUUCCCUCUGCAGCAGCCAGCUCCUUGUGCAGAUGGGAUCUACUCCAGCCAAGUUCAAAGCCAAGUCACUGCCUACACGGAAUUGGCUGGGACCUCUCUUGUGAGAUACGUGUACCAGGCGAUUAAGUUGCAGAAAGAAGGCAAGGGUGAGGAGAGCUUAGCAAACUACACAAACAUGUAUGUGUAUUUCGGCAGCUCGGGCCAGCCAGCUUGCAGACAGACACUGCUGCACAAUCCGGAGUCAAGGCCCAAGUUCAGCCCUGUGAUUGCAGCAGUGGUGGAAGCCGCAAGCAGAGGCGAGAAGAGUUUGGUUGUGAUCCGACGCCAGACAGGGUACAAGGCGUUGGUUGCAUUGAUGCAACAUGCUGGUGAGCAGCAUGGUUUCAGCGUUGCUGAGUGCGAGAACAUGGCCGAGUUCAACCACAGGGGCAAUUUGCGUGGUCAGGCCUUCAUGGUUUUAGUCCUGGAGGCGGAGAAGGGUGGAGAAGGCAUUGAGUUUCAUGCCGUUCGCCACGCGAUCUACCUGGAUGUCCCCGAAGGCUUGGCAGUGUACAAGCAAAGGUGUGGAAGAGUAGUGAGGUGCGGAAGUCACAGCAGCCUUCCAGAAGCUGACCGAAGUGUCCGCUUCAUGUUCACCGCUGCUCAGUUUCCAGCGUUUGCGCGAACAGAGCUCGGAGCUUUUGCAUUGCUGGCAUGUUGUGGCCAAUGGGGUGGGCCGAAGAAGGUCAACUACAACUCCGAGCCAUCGCCUGAAGAGAUCAUCGGCGCAAGCAAGAGAUUUGCAAGGAUGUUGGAGCGCCAGAACAUCUCCACUUUGGCCAAGUUCCACUCCGCGUGGGGCGUAUCCGUCAACGAAGAGCAGGUCAUCGGUGAAGACUUCAGCCAAAAACUGAAGUUUCGUUUGCGGAAGGCCAUUGAGGCUUUGGACGAGGACCCUGAUGAAGUGAAGGGCCUCAUUGCUACCAAGACUUUCGACGAGAAGCAGAUGGAGAAAUUGAAACUCCAAUUCGAAAACAUGGCCCCAUCUUUGGCCAAGAUUCGAGGGGGUGCACUCGACGUUGGUUUUUAUUAGCUCUUGAAGAUGCACAAAUUUCGGGGAAUGCUUGCUUUAGCAUGCAAAGCAUGUGCACAAGCCUAGGUUUAAUGGAACAGCCUGUGUAGUGGUGUGUCCGCUUGAUCACGGACUGUGGAGCGCUCGGGGGACC